GCAUCAAUCUUUUCAAGCGUACAAUUGUGUCAAUUCUAUUGGAUUCCAUAUAAAUAAACAAUAUUAUUAAUUUGUUUUUAUCAAUUGAUUAUAUGUAAUCUUGACCAUGACUGGUGAAAUCAGUAUCAUAUAUCCGCCUCCAGAAAUUCGAAAUAUUGUAGACAAAACCGCAAGUUUUGUUGCACGUAAUGGACCUGAAUUUGAGACUCGUAUUCAACAGAGUGAACCUAAUAACAGAAAAUUCAAUUUUCUUAAGCCUGGAGAUCCAUAUAAUGCAUACUAUCAGUUUAAAGUCAAAGAGUUUCGUGAAGCCGCUUCAAACAAUGCUAGCGAAAAUCAAAAUAUUCAAGAACAAGAAUUAAAACAACAAGUAGAUGCCGACUCAACAUCUGAAACGGUUGCGGAUUGUAACCAAAAUGAUCAAUCAAUUACAACAGUUUCAUCAGUUAUUAGCAAGUCUGCUGCUCCCAAAAUAACUGAUUCAAAAAAAUUGGAAAAUAUAAUGAUUACACCGAUAAUACCUCGUGGUCCGCCUCCAUCGUUUGAAUUUUCCGAUGAUGCACCAUCUAUUUCUGCUUAUGAGCUAGAUAUUGUAAAAUUAACUGCUCAAUUUGUUGCGAUUCAUGGUCGUUCAUUUCUUAACACCUUAAUGAACAAGGAAAGCCGCAAUUAUCAAUUUGAUUUUUUGCGUCCACAACAUGGAUUGUUCACUUAUUUCACUCAAUUGAUUGAACAAUAUAGUAAAAUAUUAAUGCCGGCAAAACAAUUUCUGAAUUCUUUGGAAAAAGAAUCUGACGAUCCCAAAUUAGUUCUGGAAAAAAUUCGAUAUCGAACCGAAUGGACAAAAAUAGUCGAAGCAGAAAAGCGUAAAGAAGAAGAAGAAGCCGAAAAAGAACGUAUUCAAUACGCACAAAUCGAUUGGCAUGAUUUUGUCAUUGUUGAAACAGUUGACUAUCAACAAAAUGAAUCGGGCAAUUUUCCGCCUCCCACAACACCCGAACAAGUUGGUACCCGAUUACUUAUGCAACAAAGGAUCGAAGCAAAUGGAACGGAAACGGUUGAAAUGGAUGUUGAUUCCGAUGAAGAAAAGAAUGAUGGGGCAGAAAAUAAAAAUAAUGAACCAUUACCACCGUUGCCACCAUCCUUGGACAAUGUUCUCAUCCGCAAAGAUUAUAAUCCUAAAAUGGCUAAAUCACAACCAACACAAGCUGUUUCGACAAAGAAAUUGCCUGAUAAUUAUGUUAUAUCACCAAUUACCGGGGAGAAAAUUCCAGCUGAUAAAUUACAAGAACAUAUGCGUUAUAGUUUGCUGGAUCCGAGAUGGGUUGCUGAACGCGAUCGUACUAUGCAGGAAAAGAUUCAACAGGAAGAGGUUUAUGCUGCUGGGUCUGCCAUUGAAAGUUCAUUGAAAAAUUUGGCCGAACGUCGUACAGAUAUAUUCGGUUCAGGGGAUGAGGAAACAUUAAUCGGUCGAAAAAUUGGCGAAGAAGAGCAACGAAAACAUGAAAAAGUUACAUGGGAUGGUCAUAUGAAUAGUAUGGAAGCAACAUCACGUGCCGCUCGUGCAAAUAUUUCAAUUGAGGAACAAAUUCAACAUAUUCAUAAAGUCAAAGGAUUACUUCCUGACGAUGAUAAAGAUAAAAUUGGCCCAAGUAUGCCAACCACAUCAACAUCGACCAAUCCAAACAUGAUUGUUAAUACUGUACCAAAUAUGCCACCACCUCAACCGAUUCGUCAUCCUGUUACGGCUGGUUCACUUUUGAUGACUCCAACUUCUACGACACCAAUGAUGCCACCAACACCUAGCGAUUACGGUUUGAUCACAGGAACAUUACCAAUGUAUGCUACGCAUACGAUGCCAACAUCGAUGGCUUCACAUAUGGCACCUCCACCUGCAGGCUUGAUUCCUCAACCUAAUAUUCCAGUACAACCACCACUGAUUCCAAAUGUUGGGGAAUCAAUCGAACCAGUAUACAAGAAACAACGAACCGAAGAUAAUUUGAUUCCGGAAGAAGAAUUUUUGAAAACAUGUUCAUCUCCAAAUAUAACAAUUAAAAUACACCUACCAAAAUCAUCGGAAAAACCGGAAUGGAAAUUGAAUGGUCAAGUUAUCAAUUUGACAUUGCCAUAUACUGAUUCGCUUUCAGUGGUCAAAGCGAAAAUUCAUGAACUAACCAAUCUUCCUCCUGGAAAACAAAAACUUCAAACUGAAGGAAUCUUUUUAAAAGAUCAAAAUUCAAUGGCAUUUUAUAAUCUACCCAAUGGAGCAUCUAUUUUAUUAGCAUUAAAAGAACGUGGCGGACGCAAAAAAUAAACGUAAUAACUUUUUAUUUUAUACAUUCAUAAAGAAUUGCUUCUCAUAAUUAUUACAAAUAAAUCUAAAAGACAAUCGACCGAGUUUCUUUUUUUCUG